UCGCCCGUCCUGUGCGGUCGCCGCAUGUUCCUCGCGGCCCUCAUCUCGGCGAGCAAGUACCUCCAGGACCGCAACUACUCGAACCGGGCGUGGGCCAAGAUCUCGGGCCUCGCCGUCGGCGAGAUCAACAAGAACGAGCGCGCGUUCCUCAAGGUCAUCCAGUUCCAGCUCCACCUGCGCGCCGAGGACUUUCAGCGGUGGACCGAGCGCCUCGCGACC